AUGAAAUCCUACGCCAUCCAAGCAUUGAUUUUUGGCCCGCUCGCCUUAGCCGUGGCUGUGAACAACAUCGGAACACGUCAGGAGGAACUGGCAGAAUGCUGCUACCUCUGGAAGGACUCGGUUGGCAAUUCCCAGCUCUUCCGUAGCACCUCUUUGUCACAGCAGGAUAUUGGCGAGCCCGGAAGCUGGUGCAUUGCACAGAUUGAGAGAGAUGCAAGCGACCCCAACAACUGUGCGGCUGGAAAGGCUACUAUCUACGCAGGAUAUUGUCCAAUUGGAGAUGUCAACAUGGUCGUUACAGACCUCGAGUAG